AACAUGACAGCUGUUUUUUGUUGUUUGUUUUGAUUUUUUCCUUUUUUCGAGCGCAUUUUUUUUUGUGCCAGUAAAAAUUAUUUUAUUAUAAUUUCGUAAAAAAAAAUAAAUAUGACUGAGGAAAAUAAAAACUAUAAAGAAUACACAUUGGAGGCUGAUUCCGAAUUGCGUUUUGAAAUCGAAGAUAAAGAUGCUAAAGUGCAAGUGACGCUUAUUUCAGGAUUUGCGGAAAUGUUCGGCACCGAAUUGGUAAAAAAGAAAAAAUAUGAUUUUGCGGUGGGAGCUAAAGUAGCCAUAUUCACUUAUCAUGGCUGUGUUUUACAUUUAACGGGUAAAACGGAUGUUAGCUAUAUUUCGAAAGAGACACCCAUGGUACAGUACCUGAAUUGUCACUCUGCCUUGGAGCAAUUGCGUGAGCAGGCCGAAGAAAAAGAUGAACGCGGUCCGGUGGCCAUGGUAGUGGGCCCCAUGGAUGUGGGCAAGAGUACUUUAUGUCGCAUAUUAUUAAAUUAUGCUGUGCGGCUGGGUAGAAGACCGCUUUAUGUGGACACAGAUGUGGGACAAGGAGCUCUGGCUAUACCCGGUACCAUAGGUGCUAUAUUGAUAGAAAGGCCCGCUAGCAUAGAAGAAGGUCUAUCGCAAACGGCUCCUUUAAUUUAUCAUUUUGGUUAUAAGACACCUUCCGGUAAUAGUACACUCUAUAAGGCAGUUAUAAGCAAAAUGGCAGAUGUUACACUGGAGUCGCUAAAUGUAAAUAAAAGAACCAAACAUUCGGGUAUUAUUAUAAACACCUGCGGUUGGGUGAAGGGAGAUGGUUAUGCUAAUUUAGUGCAUACGGCACAGGCUUUCGAAGUGAAUGCCAUAUUUGUUUUGGAUCAAGAACGUCUAUACAAUGAAUUGUUGCGUGAUAUGCCUUCGUUUGUUAAGGUGGUUUUACUGCCCAAAAGUGGCGGUGUGGUAGAGCGUAGUAAAGAACUACGUGCCGAAUGUAGAGAUCAACGUAUUAAGGAGUAUUUCUACGGCUCAACAACGCCCUUCUAUCCUUUUUCGAUAGAAGUUAAGUUUGCAGACUUAAAACUAUACAAAAUAGGAGCACCACCUCUACCGGAUUCAUGUAUGCCCAUAGGCAUGAAGGCUGAAGAUAAUAAAACAAAACUGGUAGCUGUUACACCUUCACAUUCACUUUUACAUCAUAUAUUAGCGGUUAGUUUUGUCGAGAGUACCGAAGAGGAUGUAAUUGGUACAAAUGUGGCAGGUUUUGUGUGUGUCACCGGAGUUGAUAUGGAACGACAGGCAAUAACUGUUUUAUCACCGCAACCCCGUCCUUUACCUAAUACCUUAUUAUUGCUUUCAGAUUUACAAUUUAUGGAUAGUCAUGCCUAAAUUGUUGGCAGUUAAUUAUAAGUUAAAGAAUCUAAAAGAAAACUAUUAUGUUUUUGUGUAUAUUAUUUUCAAAUAUAUAUUUCUUUUUUAUCUAACAUUAAGUA